GCGGAGGUGGCCGGAGUAGUCAGGGGUGGUGAUGGCGGCGGCUGUGAUGACGGCAGCUGCAGCAGUCUCGGCCCCGGCGCCGGCGGCCUGCGCGGAUGGCGCCUCCUCAGUGCACUGGUUCCGCAAAGGGCUGCGGCUCCACGACAACCCGGCGCUGCUGGCGGCCGUGCGCGGGGCGCGCUGCGUGCGCUGCGUUUACAUCCUCGACCCGUGGUUCGCGGCCUCCUCCUCAGUAGGGAUCAACCGAUGGAGGUUCCUACUUCAGUCUCUGGAAGAUUUGGACACAAGUUUAAGGAAACUGAACUCCCGCCUGUUUGUAGUCAGGGGACAGCCAGCUGACGUGUUCCCAAGGCUGUUCAAGGAAUGGGGGGUAACCCGCCUGACCUUUGAAUAUGACUCCGAACCCUUUGGGAAAGAACGGGACGCAGCCAUCAUGAAGAUGGCCAAAGAGGCUGGCGUGGAGGUGGUGACUGAGAAUUCUCAUACCCUCUAUGACCUGGACAGGAUCAUUGAGCUGAAUGGGCAGAAGCCACCUCUUACCUACAAGCGCUUUCAGGCCAUCAUCAGCCGCAUGGAGCUGCCCAAAAAGCCAGUGGGCUUGAUGACCUGCCAGCAGAUGGACAGCUGCAGGGCCGAGAUCCAGGAGAACCAUGACGAAACCUACGGCGUGCCCUCCCUGGAGGAGCUGGGGUUCCCCACCGAAGGACUUGGCCCAUCUGUCUGGCAAGGAGGAGAGACAGAAGCUCUGGCCCGCCUGGAUAAGCACUUGGAACGAAAGGCCUGGGUUGCUAACUAUGAGAGACCCCGAAUGAACGCCACUUCCCUGCUGGCCAGCCCCACAGGCCUCAGCCCCUACCUGCGCUUCGGUUGCCUCUCCUGCCGCCUCUUCUACUACCGCCUGUGGGACCUGUACAAAAAGGUGAAACGGAACAGCACACCCCCCCUCUCCCUGUUUGGGCAACUCCUGUGGCGAGAGUUCUUCUACACCGCAGCCACCAACAACCCAAGGUUUGACCGCAUGGAGGGGAACCCCAUCUGCAUCCAGAUCCCCUGGGACCGCAACCCUGAGGCACUGGCCAAGUGGGCCGAGGGCAAGACAGGCUUCCCUUGGAUUGAUGCCAUCAUGACCCAACUGAGGCAAGAGGGCUGGAUCCACCAUCUGGCCCGGCAUGCUGUGGCCUGCUUCCUCACCCGUGGAGACCUAUGGGUCAGCUGGGAGAGCGGGGUCCGGGUAUUUGAUGAGCUGCUCCUGGAUGCAGAUUUCAGUGUGAACGCAGGCAGCUGGAUGUGGCUGUCCUGCAGUGCUUUCUUCCAACAGUUCUUCCACUGCUACUGCCCUGUGGGCUUUGGCCGCCGCACGGACCCCAGUGGAGACUACAUCAGACGAUACCUGCCCAAAUUGAAAGGGUUCCCCUCUCGAUACAUCUAUGAGCCCUGGAAUGCCCCAGAGUCGAUUCAGAAGGCAGCCAAGUGCAUCAUUGGUGUGGACUACCCACGGCCCAUUGUCAACCAUGCUGAGACCAGCCGGCUCAACAUUGAGCGAAUGAAGCAGAUCUACCAACAGCUCUCACGUUAUCGAGGACUCUGUCUGCUAGCAUCUGUCCCUUCCUGUGUGGAAGACCUCAGCCACCCUGUGGCAGAGCCCAGCUCGAGCCAACCUGGGAGCAUGAGCAGUGCAGGCCCAAGACCAGUGCCCAGUGGCCCAGCAUCCCCCAAACGCAAGCUGGAAGCAGCUGAGGAACCACCUGGUGAAGAUCUCAACAAACGGGCCCGGGUGGCAGAGUCGACAGCCCCAGAGCUGCCAAGCAAGGACGUCUGACUGCAGAGCCGUUGCUCCGUGAGUAAAGUCUGAGUGCCUGAGCAGCCGCCAUGGCAGCAGAGUGCAGCCUGCGGAGAAGCUGGUCACCGACAGAGAUUGAGCAACGUGUGUGCGUGUGUGUGCACGUGUGUGCGCGUGUGCAGAGGAAGGAGUGGUGUGCCUGUUUGCGUGUUCAUGCAUCUGUUUACACUCUCGUGACCCUGGAGGUUGCCUGGACUGGAGACCUGCCUAUAGCACGCUUCGCCACAAGUGCUGUUUCCCAGCCUCAGACACAAGGCUAGAGGUCAUGGCAGUGACUUUCAGCCAGCACAUGUCCCUGUGAGCCAGCUGUCUUGUCUGAAGAGAACGUAGUGGUGGGACCCUAGCUGGGAUUCCGGCAUCUGCCUCCCUACACCUCUCUCCUUUCUCACAUCAGACUAAGGAGCAGAAGGGCGACAUUUUAAACUUUUUUUUUUGAAGCAUGGGAUUCUAGAGGCAGCCAAAGUCCUACUGACUUCCCUCUUUCUGACCCUAGAGGCUGGGCAGGCUUAGCCACCUGGCCUCGCUUCUUUCUUAUUUUCAAAUUCCCUGCCACUGUGGCCUCCAGACCCUUCCUUGGGCAUCUGGGACUGGGCACAAAACUGUAGACAGAUCUGAAAAGUUUUCACCAUCGUACAGAAGUACCUAGAUACCUGACUGGAGUGCUGUGGGCCCAGUUCUGUUGAGAGUAGCCUCAGACAACCACAUCUGCCUUUUCAGGGCUUGGAACCUAAGGUUAGGAAUAGAAUCCCAGCUCUCUCACUGUUAUUUCCCCAGAGGCUAAGAGCCAGCCUCAGAGCUUACCCAGGAGCUGCAGAGGGGCCAGGGUCAGACUGGGGGCCUCUACCAGGAGGAGACCAGGUCCCCAGGUGGCUUAAGGCCCCCUGGCUCCCCUGGCCAUGCUCCAAGGCACCACAGUGCUGCCAGUGAGGAUGACCAACACCCAGCAGGGAAGCCAUUCUAGUCUUUGUUUUGUAGGUUUCCAGGCUGGCCUGCCCCAGCCUGGUUAGCAUCCAAGCUGCCUUGUCAGCUACCCCAGUAGCUGGGCUCCAAGGACUCAGGCAGAGGGACUCAGGGGUGGGGACUGCCAGGGGCAUUUGGCUAACGUCCAGGUAGAGAUCACACCAGCACACCAUCCCUUCCAGAAGCAGCAGGUGGGAGUUUUGACCCAGAGAAGCCAAACCUUGCGUUCCAGGAGUGGCCUGUGCCUCCCACCACCCCUCCCACUGUCAAAGACUUGUGUGGUGAGAGACAUAAUGAAAAAAAAGGCUGCGUUCAACUGGAGCAAGUCUUCCACCCUGUGGUCUGCACUUGAGCCACAAAGAGUGUGUGUGUGUGUAUGUGUGUGUGUACACGUAGCUGAGAGGCUAAUUUCUGUGUGGAUUUUUGUCCUCACAUGUAACAUUAAGCUGGCCUCUGGGCCUUUUCCUUUCUACCUCCCCUGUGAACUUUCCUAGCCUCAGAGCUGUUAACUCCCUUGGUCCCAGCCCUACCCUACACUGUCUUCUGUCCUCAGACCAGAACCCAGGGGUCAGGUUCCUGUCUCCUACAGCUGUUCACCAUAUUGACAGGCUUCUUCCUGAGAUGCCCUCAGGUUUUCUCAGCCAGAGAGCUGCCUUUAGAGGCCAACCAUUGUAUGUAUGUCACCCUCACUAGAAAUGUCCUGUAGUAAUGUGGGGUGAGCAGAGCACAGUUGAUGGUGUGUAUUUAGAGCAUGAGAGAAUCAGGGGCUACUGCCAGAGGGAGAGAAGAGGGAACCUGAAAGGGCGAGUCUGAGAAACUGAGAAGGCCCAAGGCUGAGAGCCAGAUUCAGUAUUUAUUAGUAGCACCUUCAGAUACUGGGCUGACUCCUUUUCCUGCCUAUUUGAAUAUGGCUCUCUUCCCAAAGGUACAAGUUGGCAGGACCACCUCCCUCUACUUCUCCACCAUCCCUGGCAUGCUGGCCCAUUCCCAAGACAACCUUCCAGUGGAGUGGAGCAGUCCACUCCCAGAGCCAGGAGGGGCAGGGUGAAGAGGAGUGUCUAGUGGCCUGGGGCUCCUUGAUGGUUUCAUGCCUCCUUUCUCCAGCCCAGGUGGUUUUGGAAACUACCACAGAGCAAUGCCACAAAUCCUGAUCCAAGGGCCAGCAUGGGGAAGAGAUGGUCACAGGCAAAAUGCACUUUAUAGAGAUUUUCUAUUGCUGGGAAGGUGUGUUUCUCCCACAGUUUGUUUCUGGGUAUUCACUUGUUUUAUAAACAUCUGAUCUUGUCUGAGUAAA